GCGAAAGCGUAAUGACGUCAGACGCCGGUUUGGAAAAGACGCGCGAGCUGGAAGAAGUAAAUCCGAUGAAAAAAGAUGUCGCGGCUAAACCCGUUCGCUAAACUUCCUGGGUUGAACACAGCCAGUGUUCUGCUGGUGGAGAGUGAGGAACACUUCCAGCAAAGCUUAGCAGAGGCUCUGGUGGAGGAGACCAGCGUCACUGUCAAUGUGAGGCUGGCCAAGAGUUUCCCUCUGCCCAUUGAGAACGAUGAGAGUCGCCCAAGAAUUGACCUGGUGGUGUUCAUCAUCAAUCUGACCUCAGAACUCAGUUUCCAGUCAGCAGAAGCGUCUUUAAAGUAUCUGGAGCCUGGAUAUUUCCUGGGAAAAGUCUGCUUCAUGGUCACUAACGCCCGCAGUUCCUCCGUCCCAGCAGAGAGGCUGGAUGCUGUCAGGAGGCUGGCUGCGUCUCUACACUGCCCCCUGCUGUUUGCAGAAGAGCAGACCCCACAAGGUGUGACAAAUGCUGCAGAGAGGCUCCUGACCAUCCUGAAGGCAGCAGCCGGCUUUGUUCCCUUCACUACACCUCUGUACCUGUCCAACCUGACCAGAUGCACUCUGCCACCAGACAUCGACCAGCCCAGCUUCGAUUAACUCCACAUAUUCUAUUUAUUUCAUUUCUUUUUGUGUGCGUUAUUUGAUUGUGAUAUGUUUUUAUAUAGAAAAUAUCUUUCUGGAAUGGAUUAAAGUUGUCAAAGCUUGUUUUUAAUAGGAA